GAGAUGACGCACAGGCGAUUCGGGGUGCGGAACCCGUCGGAUGGAGCUGACUACAGCUCCGGGAUUUGACUGUUUCGUGUGUGGACUUUUCCUCCAUCACAUGAACUCCCACUUACACGCCACCACCAGGAACCGACCAGAGUGACGGAAACACGCAAAGGCCACAACAAUCUAGAGGCCUCCGUCUACGAAAUUAUAUAUAUAUCUCUCUCGUUGUUGAUAUAGCAUUGCCCAGUACACACAAAGAUGACGGACCAAACUCCUACUACUACCAGUGCCUCGACUCCAACUUUACUACCUCGCGUCACCAUCCGCUUUUGUACGCAGUGCAAGUGGAUGCUGAGGGCAGCUUAUUACGCCCAAGAACUCCUCUCAACCUUCUCCACCUCCCUCGGCGAAGUCGCUCUCCAGCCCUCAACAGGCGGCACUUUUGUCGUGGACAUUACUUACGCUGCCACUACCACCUCUACCUCUACUUCUGCCCAAAAUUCCACUACUAUGGAGGGUCAAACCCCCAGUGUUCAGCAAAAGACAAUCUGGGACCGCAAAACAGACGGCGGCUUCCCCGAGACCAAGGAGCUCAAGAGGCGUGUGAGAGACGUGAUUCAGCCAGAGAGAAAUUUGGGGCAUGUUGAUCGGGAUUAUCAUUCCAAGAAGCCCUCCUCUACUUCGCCGGAGGCUGCUGCUGAGAUGGGAGCGGCCAAGGCUACGGAGGCUGCCCCUGCCCCUGCCCCGCAAAGUACCUCUAACAAGACGACGGAGUGUGCGGAUUGCGAUAAUUGGAUGACGGAGGAGACUUAUAAGGGGGAUUUUGAGGGGGGGCAUGCUGGUGGGAGUGGGAGUGGGAGUGGGCAGCAGCAGAGCAAGGGUGAGACGGCGGGGGAGAGCGGAGAGAGCGAGAAGAGGACGACGGCUGAUUCGAACUGGAUGACUGAGGAGACUUAUAAGGAUUUGGAGGGGGGACAGUGAAUGGGGGGAACGAAUGUGGAAAUGAAUGAAUGGAUGGAUGAAUGGAAGACGGGGAGAGAGGAUGAAUGUCUGGUCUGGUUAGAUGGCUGUGGUUUGGCUGGGUUGGGUUAGGUUAGGUUGGGUUAGGUUAGGUUGGGUUAGG